AUGCUCCUCAUACUCAGAUACCUCAUCCUAUUUGUGACCUUCGUUACUUGUCAAGAAUAUGGUCAGCCUGUAAACGCCAGCUGUGUCUCCGGAGCUCACAUCACUGUGGCCAGAGGCAGUCUGGAACUUCGGGGGCCAGGCAUCAUUGGAGCGGUUGCUCAGCAGGUCCUGCAAAGAAUCCCCCACUCCGAGAUGAUAUCUUUAGAAUACCCAGCUAUCUAUAAUCCCUAUCAGCCUUCACAGAUGGAGGGUGUGGCGGCUCUUUCUGUUGUGCUGGCGCAGUAUGUGACCGUCUGUCCUAAGACGAAGAUUAUUCUACUCGGGUUCUCGCAGGGCGCCCAUGUCAUUGCAGAUGUGAUGUGUGGUGCGAGUUCCAUCGGGUUCCUCCCUACCAAGCCUUCACCUUCCGCCAUAACCAACAACAUUGCAGCCGUUGUUCUCAUGGGGGAUCCGAGCACUACCAAAGGCCAGCCCUUCCACGUUGGGAGUAGUGUUGGUAACGGCGUAAAUAUUCCCCGUCAGAAGCCUGAAGGUUGUCAGUGUGUUUCAGACAAAACAGUCUCGUUCUGCGACGCCGGUGAUCCUUUCUGCGAAGCUGGGGGCCAUGACUUGAGAACUCAUAUGAACUACGUGACGGCAUAUGGACAUGUUGCUGUUGACUAUGCUGUAGGCAUGUUCCAUAGAACUUAG